AUGUCAUCUCGAGCCCAAGAGAUCAUUGCUGCUCUUGACGGUGUCCAACCUGAUGCUUUUAGUGGCGAUGAGGUAGAGCGCCUCCAAGUGCGUGCUGCUGCGCGUCGACUGCUGGCUAGAGUCGAGACGCCGUAUGAACGUGCCUGGGGCUUUUGCUUUGAGCAUCCGGUUGUGUUCGCAGCUUUGCAGACAUGCAUUGAUGUUGGUCUUUGGAAGGCUUGGACUGAUGCCGAAGGGGGUGAGAAAUCCAUUGAUGAGCUGGUUCAAUUGACGACUCCGAUUGUGGAGACGAACCUGUUGCGUCGGUUGUUCCGCUUAUUGGCGGCUUUCAACGUGGUUGAAGAGACUGGGGAGGACAGAUUUAAACCCACCCCAUUCUCAUAUGCCAUCGGUGAUGAUAGUACCAAAGUUCGCGCCUCUCUGCAAGCAGCAACAUAUCAAUACAUUGCAGCUGGUCAUAACUUGCCUUCCUACCUCGCAAAGACCUCUUACAAAGAACCUACCGAUAUCAACGUGAACAACUACUCGGAAGCCGACAAGGAUGGACUCAACUUUUUUGGGCGGUUGCAGAAAAGUCCCGCUUACUUCGAGGCUUUCACCGGUCAUAUGGAAGCAUGGACCGCUUGGAAGACCCCGCUGACAGAGGUAUACGAUACGGCAACACUGCUGGAGGGUGCGAAGCUAGAUGAUGGGUCUCCAUUCAUGGUGGACGUGGGUGGAAAUACUGGUAUCGAUAUUUCUCGCGUGCUGGAAAAACAUCCAAAUCUCCCUGUCGGGUCGCUUGUCCUACAGGAUGUUCCCGAAGUGAUUGUCAAUGCCCAAGUUGAUGAGAAGGUGACGGCGAUGGCUCAUGACUUUUUCCUGCCACAGCCUGUAAAAGGGAGUCGUGCCUACUUUAUGCACGCCGUGCUUCACGACUGGCCGGAUGACAAGGCCCGUCUGCUUCUCGAGAACACCAGAGACGCGAUGACAAAGGGUUACUCGAAGCUUCUCGUCUACGAUAUUGUUCUGCCCCCGACUGGGGCAAGCAUUAGCCAGAGCACGAUGGACGUGAAUAUGAUGUCGCUCCUGUCAGCUUCUGAGCGGACUCAAGGCGCUUGGGAAAAGCUACUGACCGAGUCUGGCUUCAAAAUUGUGAAAUUCUGGCCUGAUCCUCAGCAGUAUGAGAUGAUUAUUGAGGCUGAGAUCGCGUAG